AUGCCGUCAUCUCAUGAUGAACAUCAAAAAGUCAAUAUUCGAAUUAAUGAUACAACAGCUGCUAAUAUUCAUAGAGCUGCUGUAACACGUGAUUAUAUUAAACAACCACGAUUAACAUAUAAAACUGUUGUUGGUGUUAAUGGCCCAUUAGUAAUAUUAGAUAAUGUUAAAUUUCCUAAAUUUGCUGAAAUUGUUAAUUUAACAUUACCUGAUGGUAGUAUACGUAGUGGACAAAUUCUUGAAGUAUCAGGAUCAAAAGCUGUCGUGCAAGUAUUUGAAGGAACAGCCGGCAUUGAUGCAAAAUAUACAACUGUUGAAUUUACUGGUGAUAUUUUACGUACACCAGUUUCAGAAGAUAUGCUUGGUCGAAUUUUUAAUGGUUCAGGUAAACCAAUUGAUCGUGGUCCAUCUGUAUUAGCUGAAGAUUAUUUGGAUAUUAAUGGUGAACCAAUUAAUCCAUUUUCACGAGAAUAUCCUGAAGAAAUGAUUCAAACUGGUAUAUCAGCUAUUGAUGUUAUGAACAGUAUUGCACGUGGUCAAAAAAUUCCAAUAUUUUCUGCUGCUGGUUUACCACAUAAUGAUAUUGCUGCACAAAUAUGUCGUCAAGCUGGUCUUGUUAAACAUGCUAAAGACGCAGUUGAUGGUGAUGAUAAUUUUGCCAUUGUAUUUGCUGCUAUGGGUGUUAAUAUGGAAACAGCUCGUUUUUUUAAACAAGAUUUUGAAGAGAAUGGAUCAAUGGAAAAUGUAUGUUUAUUUUUAAAUUUAGCUAAUGAUCCAACAAUCGAACGUAUUAUUACACCACGUAUUGCAUUGACAACAGCAGAAUUUCUUGCUUAUCAAUGUGAUAAACAUGUUCUUGUCAUAUUGACUGAUAUGAGUUCAUAUGCUGAAGCUUUACGUGAAGUUUCAGCUGCUCGAGAAGAAGUACCAGGUCGUCGUGGUUUUCCAGGCUAUAUGUAUACUGAUUUGGCAACAAUUUAUGAACGUGCAGGACGUGUAGCUGGUCGACAUGGUUCAAUUACUCAAAUUCCUAUCUUAUCUAUGCCUAACGACGAUAUUACACAUCCUAUUCCGGAUUUGACAGGUUAUAUUACUGAAGGACAAAUCUAUGUUGAUCGACAAUUACAUAAUCGACAGAUCUAUCCACCAAUUAAUGUGCUUCCGUCAUUAUCACGUCUGAUGAAAUCGGCUAUUGGUGAAGGUAUGACACGAAAAGAUCAUGCUGAUGUUUCAAAUCAAUUAUAUGCUAAUUAUGCUAUUGGAAAAGAUAUAGCUGCAAUGAAAGCUGUUGUUGGUGAAGAAGCUUUAUCAUCGGAUGAUUUACUUUAUUUAGAAUUUUUAGGCAAAUUUGAAAAGAAUUUUCUUACUCAGGGUGCCUAUGAAAAUCGUACAAUAGCUGAUUCAUUAGAUGUAUGUUGGCAAUUACUUCGGACAUUUCCACGUGAAAUGCUUAAGCGUAUUCCACAUAGUAUUCUUCAAGAAUUUUAUCCUCGUGAUGGCGGAAAAAACUUACAACAACAGAUAUCAACAACAACAACAACAACGGGAUGA